UGGCUGCGGCCGCGAGAGGCAGGAGGAGAUGGGACGGACGGGGGAGAGCGGCUGAGGCUGCGGUGAGGAGGGUUCAAGGUCAUCCCUGCAAAACCCCUCUGAAAAGCAACACGGGAGGUUGCUCCUCGCCGCUGCUCACGGCCGUCACCUGACGAGCUCCGAGGCUGGACGCGGCCGGGCCAUGGCGCAGCUGGAGCUGCUGUGGGCGGCCGCCGCGCUGAUGCUGCUCGGGGCCGCCAUCAGCCUCUGCGUCAAGUGCCAGCUCUCCGCUUCCAAGCGAGAGAAGCAGCCGAGUGAGCGGAGGAGCCCGCUCGAAAGCCAGCAGCGGUUUGAGGUGAUUCGAUCCCAUUCCACUGCAACCCGAAGGCUGGAUCAAAUUAAGGAAACUGCAAACUUAUCAAUAGCAAGGAAAACCACCGAGGAGCUCGGUGCCUCCCGCCGCGCUGGAUACGGGAGCGGGACCGAGCCCAGGUACCAGAAUUUCCUGACAGAGGACUGCCUGCGAGGGGACGCUGCCUACGUGGAGCCCAUAUCUCUGGAUUACCACAACUGUGUCAGGUUCUUCACACCACCCAACGAGAAAGAGGAGGAUUCCCAUUCCUAUCAAAACGUCAUCAUUGGAUUGUCUCACGGCUCUGAUCCGGAUGACGCUGUAGACUACGAGAACAGCCCGGCGAUACACACAUGGAAACUCUAUCAAGCAGAAGCUCUGCAGAUGGAAAGCCCGGACGAUGAGCCAGACUAUGUCAACACGGCCCCUGCCCCGCUGUCAAAGCAAAGUAUUCUGCAUAAAGUGUGAAGAAGUGCCAUGCCGAGCUGUAAGAGCGCACCCAGCGAGCAGGCACGCAGGGAGAGGGGGCACUUCGAUCCCCCCGUGAGAUCUCUUCUCCAAAUGGUGCCUAAGACCACGUAGAAGGGGUGCUGCUGAAAGGAAGAAACGCUCUGCUUGAAGUCCCACCAAAGUCCAACUGCAAACCCGGCACUGGAGAAAGCGCUCUGCCCGGCAGCGACCAGGGGCAAGCCGAAAGCUCGUUACCCCAUCUCACUUCCCUCCACAUCUGCUGGAGGGAGGGUGGCCGGUCUGUGCAAUGUUUUCUCCUGUCAAGCACGAAAUGAAUCUUUAAAUUGCUGAGCAGUAAUGCAGCCAGCUACUUCAUUUGUCAGGGUGACUCGUGCAUGAUGGUAUUAAGACAUGGGGAUUAUGUUCUGUAUCUCAUGCUCUUCGACAGAAGCAGUUUCCUACAAGAGAGGAACUGGGAAGGCAGAGGUUGCUUUUACAGCAGCAGCGGUUCUCUGGAACUAAAUGAGAUACCAACCUGUUCACAAACGCUGAAGACUAAAGAGGAUUAAAUCCGCACCUUAUCCACAGCUUGUAAUUCACAAUAUCUGUCUAUCGCGGUUUUCCUUGGGUUUCGGUAUCCAUUUUGUAACGAUACAAAGACCCCGCAGCAACUGAGAAGGUCCGAGCCAGAGCCGCCAGCCUCCUUGGAAACUGCUCCAGUCUUUCAGCAUUGCCGCAGGGAACACCAGCCCUGAAACGUAACCCUUGUCUCUUGAGCCCUGAUGCACGGAUCUGGCACCGUUGUACCACUUAUUUAUUAAAGUUGAAA